UUCAUUAGGCGUCCUCUUUGUUAUUUUGUCUUAAACUGUCUCAUUUACUCUCUCCUUUUAUUGGCUCAAAGUGGGUCAGCAUGAAGAUCUUGGCAAAAGCAAUGAUUCAACGCCCCUGAGGCAAUUCGCAUACUGCUCGAAAUCAAGUAUAAAUACCAAUAUAUAGCCACUUUUGUUGGAUUCAUUCUGAUGGUAUCAAGCAACACGUUUUAACCAUUGUAUCUCAAUUCCAAGCAUACAAAAAAUCCUGACAUUCACAAAACAACUGGAGAAACUUUGAUAACGAAAUACAAGGGAACCAACGAUCCUAUAUCCACCAAAAUGUACAAGUCUGUCUUGUCACUCGGUCUCAUCGCCAGCACUGCGCUUGCACAGUCAGUUUCAAUUGGAUUGCCAGCAGCAGGAGCUCAAUUGUCCACCGGAACCCCAACAACAUUCCAGAUUCAGCGUCCCGACACCUUGACUGGCUCUCAGGAGAUUGCCGUUGUCAUUGGUAUUAGCAAGUGCAACUCCGGUGGUAGAUGUGCUUCUCCUGAUGAAAGCAUGGGCACCGUCCUGUACAAUGGACCGUUCAACCCUCAAUUCCAUGAAACCGCUCUACCUCCAUAUCAGAACUUCACCUUGGAGAUUCCAGAGUCAGCUGCAACUGACAAUGGACUUGUCACUGUAGCCCACUUCUCUCUUGUAGGAGCAAGUGCAUGGCCUAUGGUCGAGUACCUUAACCAGAGUAUUACCGUUGCGUAAAGAAAUUAUCGCACAUAACCCUGCUAUACGGCAUAUAUUUACUUUUGAUUCAUAAUAUCUUCGAUUGCAUUCAGUUAUCAUUGGUGGAUCCGAAAUUUUAGCUACAAUUUUGUGUCAAGGUGUUUUGGGUUGGUUCGAAUAAAUUUGAUUGUUAGUAUUAAUUGACCAGGGUAGCAAUAAAAACUUUUGCACAUUAU